CACGCUAGGUUUUCAUAUUGCCAGCCGCGGCGCCUCACCAACGAGCGCGUUCCGGCAGUCCCUGACGGCCUCGAGAGAUUGAUAGCUGCACAGCGACAGCCCACAGCGACGAGCAGCUCUCGCACGCACGUAUAUUUCAAACUAGAGGUCCCGGCCUCACCGCGCAGCCGGACGCCGUAGACCAUGGCCGAGGCCUCCCCCGCGCGGCGCUUACUAGAACAAAUAGAACGCUCCUCACGAAACGCGGAAGAGCCAGUCGGCGAGUUCAGCGACGAGGCCAUGAGCCAACUGAAAGCCGAGUGCGCCAAAUUGUAUAGCGAAGUCUUGAGACUCAUGGACGGCGGCGACGCGCGCGUCGCGGAUUUACCGGACGCGACGAAGGCUUCUUUGGUGGUUCACCACCAGCGCGUCCUGCGGAACAAGGAGUGCGCGCUGUUUUACUUGCGCGAGCGGCUCGAAGUGUUAACUAGAUUGCGCUGCGAGGCCGGCUCCAAUCUGCCCCGCAAUGUAAGGAGGCACUGCUCGCCCCAGGAGUCGCAGUUCAACGCCGCCUACGACCAGCUGUACCAAGACUUCUGUCGAGCGUCGCGACUCGAUCCUAGAGAUUCAUUGAAGCCGCCGCGCGAUCUAUAUGUGGAAGUGCGGUGCAACGUCGACUGCGGCGACGUCCAGACCAAGCACUCCGGGACGGUGCGCAUGGACAAGGGCACGUCGCACUUCCUGCGGCGCGCGGACGUCGAGCAGCUCAUCGCCCAGGGCCUGGUCACGCACGUGACGACUGGUGUAGCACCCUAAGUUGCUGAACUU